GGGGGCACAAAGGGAAAUAAGAUUCUUAAAGUUAAUGUUUAAGUUGCAUGUAAUUAAACAUUGCCUUCUUGCCCUAGGGUAGAAAACUAACCGGGUUUUAAUUGGACAGUUAUAACUUAAAGGGGUGAAGCUUCUGUUGAAUUGUUCGGUUGGAUGUAUAAUUCUAAACUGCCAAACACCACUGGUUGAUAUCCCUCCUCUGCACAACUGGGGUGGACUUCCAGGAGAUGUGACCAUUACACAUCUGUGAAUGCUGGCUGUGCCAACUGGUCAAGGAACUGCAUCCACUGUUGACUGUAUGUCAAUGAGAAUAGUUGCCUCAUGGACAGCAUUUGUCCCCAUGACAUCCAGAGAGAAUACUGUGAAGGAUGAUCUUAUAUAGUUUUGGGGAAUUUGAUAUUCUAUUAAUACUUUAAAAACUGGGUGGCUUACAAGUCUCUGCAAAUCAGAACAUUUUUCCAUUUUCUUGCUCAGAGGUUUUUAGGAGCUCUUUGAAUGUUGGUUCUGAUAAAGAUAUAAAUACAAUUUACCGGUCGGUACAACCCAAAUUGCUAUAAGGCAACACUGUACUGCAAAUGUAUACACAAGUGUUAUUUCAGGAGUUGUUUUUUUCAACAAAAUGCUGAUACUGUUGAAUUUGAUAUUUGCCAUACAUGUCAACUUCAUGGACAUGGCGAGGAACUUAAUUUUGUAAUUUAGAUUAUUGCUGUUACACUGUAUCCACGACAAAAAAAGAGCUUCGUGAAGGAUGAGAUUGUUAGUUUACCAUUUAGUUUCUCCUGAAUGCCUUUUCAUGUUAAUGCCUCAAGCAUGAUGUUCCCAUCCUGGCCAACAUUUUUCCAGUAAUGAGGAUUUUGCAGCUGGGACACAGAAAGGAAUAACCUAUAAUGUGGCUUUUUUUUAUUAUAGCAAGUGUUCUUUUACUUUAAAACUACUUGUAGUAUUUUCAUUAUUGGGUAAAGGCCCGAGCAAACUGCUUCAACAUUUGCUUCAACAUCCUUUCGAUUUUGUUGAAUGGUAAUGUUGAAAGCGUUUGCCACCCCCUUUCAACCGUGUUGAAAUGUGUUGAAACGAGUUGAAACGAUGUUAAAUGGAUGUUGAAAGAGUUUAAAAGCCUUUAAACUUUGCUUCAACAUCCGUUCAACAUUUCUUUUGUUCUCUGGAAUGUUCGGAAUAUUGAAGCAGAGUUGAAGUCAUUUGCCCCGCUCUUUCAACAUUGUUGAGUAAGCGCAUGCGCAAUUAAGAAGACGUAACCAAGUUCACCAUGGAUGCAAAGACGGUUGCAAGUGGGGCAAUUUUGUGUGUGCCUGUAGUACGUACGGGCGAUAAUUUUUCGAUCAGCUGAUCCUACAUAGGAGGACUACGACACGCCAGACGAUUAUGAAGUAGAGUUCAACACUGUAACAAGGAAAAGAAAAGCACCGGAGGCGGAUAAAAAAAGAAACCAAAAUGGAAGUCUGGCGAGAUAGAAACGCUCGUAGAUGAGCUGGAGAAGCGAAGCUAUCUGUGGGACGUCUUUGGUAAAGACUACCACAAUCGCGAAGAGAGAAAUCGCUUACACAGAACUGGAAGACAUACUUAAGCAUACUAAACAUGAUAUUAAGGCGAAAAUAGCGGGGCUGAGGACGCAACUUGGUCGCGAAAUUGCUAAAACAAACUCUUGGAAGUCAGGACAAGCUACCAGUGAAAAAUACAAGUCCACGUGGGCAUUCUACGAUAAACUACAAUUUCUUCUUCCAGUAACGCAGGCUGGCAAGAGCAAAGAUAACCUAUCCCAGGACCAAGAAUUGCUGAUUGAUACACAGGACGAAUUUGAUCAGGAAUCAUUGUCAUCUGCUUCACCUACAUGUACUGAAAUUUUGGAAGCCACUCCAAGAAUUAGCGAAAAGGUAAGAAAAUCCAUGGAGCCCAGGAAAGAGCGCUUUCUAUCGAAUUGCGUCGAAGUACUUCGAGAGACAACUCGCCUUCAACCUCAACCUGUGCCAAUUAAGGAGCAGUGUUCAUUUUCCAAGUACGUCUCAGAAAAGCUAGCAACAUUUGACAAAAGAUUGAGAAUGAUUGCUGAAAAGAGAAUCAGUGACAUUUUGUUUGAGAUAGAAAUGAACAGCCACAACACAAUGAGCCAAGUGCAAGCACCUGUUCCCCAAGGACAUUCUGCUGGCACAUACAUGUCUCUUUUAAGAGAUUAAUAUUAAGAACAGACCACUCUAGGCAGUGGAGAAACUCUUUCCUGCUUAUAUUAAUUUAUUUAUAUUUUUAAGAUAUUUAGUAAAAAUGUAUAAAAAAAACUGCCCUCACAAGGAAUUCAGAUGUUAAUGUUUAAUUGAAUUUAUAAGAGAUGAAUAUUAAGAACAGAACACUCUAGGCAGUGGCGAAACUCUUUCCUGCUUAUAUCAAUUUAUUUAUAUUUAAAAUAUUUAGCAAAAAUUUUUAAAAAAAUUGUCCUCACAAGGAAUUUAGAUGUUAAUGUCUAAUUGAAUAUAAAUACGUAUAUACAGUUCGAAACCAAGAAAAAUAUUGAGACAAGAACAGACCUGUUCUUGCAUUACACCACAUGAAGUUCAUUGCUCCAGUCUACAGGAAGACCAAUGGUUUAUAACAAAAUGAAAUCAAAUUCGAUUUCUAACUAAGUGUUACGGUUACUGUUAUAUCAGUGAUAUAGAAAAAAUGUUACAGUUGUAAAAUGACUCUAAGAAGUUUUUUUA